CUUUAGAACCCGGCGUUUCUCGCGUGGUUCUCGAGCGCGAGCACUGAGCGCUGUGCACACUUCCCGCUCCCGCGCGCGGCGCUUGCUUACAGGUGGGCUCUGUGCUGAAGCUGGAGGACGCGCGAGCUGGUUUGGGGAUUGAAAACAACUACACUAACCUGGAGGAAAGACUUUACAGCUGUGAUACAGUUGCAUCCGCGCGCACAUCUUCCCUCAUCAGAUUCUCCUGGGCAGAAGCGAGGAGACACACUCCUCAGUCCUCGGCAGGGCUUGUUGAGAAAUGAAUGGACGAUAUUUUCGCUUCUAUGGAUUCUUGAUCUACCUGAUGUUAAAUGGAGUCUGGCAGACAAGGUCAAAAUCAGAUGUGUCUGGUUCAGAGGCUUUCAAAAACAACAUCACACUUUUUACAAGAAUCCUGGACCGACUUUUGGAUGGCUAUGAUAACAGGCUGAGACCAGGUCUUGGAGAUCGAGUGACUGAGGUAAAGACUGAUAUUUACGUGACCAGUUUUGGGCCAGUAUCAGAUGCAGACAUGGAGUACACAGUGGAUGUGUUCUUCCGUCAGCGCUGGACAGAUGAGCGACUGAAGUUCCACGGGCCAAUGAACAUCCUGCGGCUCAAUAAUCUGAUGGCCAGUAAGAUCUGGACCCCCGACACCUUCUUCCACAAUGGCAAGAAGUCUGUGGCGCACAACAUGACCAUGCCAAACAAAUUACUGCGGAUCAUGGAGAAUGGGACACUACUUUACACCAUGAGGCUGACAGUGCAGGCAGAAUGUCCAAUGCAUUUGGAGGACUUCCCCAUGGACUCUCAUUCAUGUCCACUGAAAUUUGGCAGCUAUGCAUAUACUCUGACAGAGGUGACCUAUGUUUGGACAAGAAAUGCCACGCUUUCAGUGGAGGUGGCUCCAGAUGGAUCAAGGUUAAACCAGUAUGACUUGAGGGGCCAAACUGUUGGCAAAGAAACCAUUAAAUCCAGUACUGGGGAAUAUACAGUGAUGACAGUUCAUUUCCAUCUGAAGAGGAAGAUUGGAUAUUUUGUGAUCCAAACUUACUUGCCCUGCAUCAUGACUGUCAUUCUGUCCCAGGUUUCCUUCUGGCUUAACCGUGAAUCAGUACCUGCUCGAACAGUUUUUGGUGUGACUACAGUGCUCACAAUGACCACUCUGAGUAUCAGUGCUCGUAACUCGUUGCCCAAAGUGGCCUAUGCCACUGCGAUGGACUGGUUCAUUGCUGUGUGCUAUGCCUUUGUCUUCUCUGCCCUCAUUGAGUUUGCGACAGUCAACUACUUCACCAAACGGGGCUGGGCCUGGGAUGGCAAGAGCAUUCUCAACGACAAGAAAAAUGAGGGCUCUGUUAUGAAGAAGAACAACGCUUAUGCAGUCGCUGUGGCAAAUUAUGCUCCCCACAUCAGUAAGGAUUCAGCUUUGCCCACUGUUUCCAAGAGCGCUCCAUCAGAGCCCGCUAAAGCUCAGCCUGUGGCAAAAGAGAGCAAGAAGACCUUUAACAGCGUAAGCAAGAUCGACCGCAUGUCCCGCAUCAUCUUCCCUGUGCUUUUUGGCAGCUUCAACCUGGUCUAUUGGGCUACAUAUCUCAACAGAGAGCCUGUCAUUAAGAACAUGGUUCCCUCUCACUGACCAUUCCAUUAAAUAUGAAUAUACACAUCACCCCCACAUACACACAUAAACAGACAUACACAUUAAAAUAUUGCUUAGCUUUUGUACCUGUUUAGUACUGUGUUACGCUUUGCAUUUUUGUCUUACUAUUAAGAGUUUAUACCAUGUCCUUCAUCUUUAAAACCACUUUCACUGCCAGGCCAAUCUUCAGAAUGAUAACAUGCCUUUUUUAUUUGGUAAGGACUGUUGGUAAAAAUUAAAACUUUAUUUAUUUUUAUUUUAUCAGACAACGAUAAAGCAUUUUUCUCACAAGAUUCAAUAUUUUCACUUAAUUUUUAAUUGUACUUGUUUCCUUCCAAUGUAAUCUUAAUUUUUAAUUGUACCUGUUUCCUUCCAAUGUAAUAUUCUUCUUAUUAUAUAUAGAUACUAUCUUGCCUCUUACAUAAUUGUGCCAAUUUGGGAAGAGCAGGUAAAAUAUAGGGAUUUUUCCCCCCCCUUUUUCCUUUUUUAAAUACAUGCAGUACAGUAUGAGAUGGUAGGAUGAGAAUGCUUAAGUUCUCAUUCAAUUGCCUAAAUGUUGUUAGGAGGAAGGAAGAAGCCUGCCAUCCUUUCCUCAGUAAAAGCACUGCCGAUUAUAUCCUUAAGUGCCAAGGAUGGCACAUGGCACAGCUGGGAUAUUAAUAUUAGAUGUAGUUUGUGCAGUCAUUCUUAGAAUAAUUUCUCUUUCCCUUACUUGAAUGUGACCUUAAAAAGAAAACAGCUCAGCACUCUGUCUGGGCCUGUGCCACUUAGAUGCACUUAAUGCAAAUAACGUAGUUCAAAUGUUUUUCAAAUGAACUUACACUUCCAUUAUACAUUUUAAGAUAGAUACAAUUAUGAACAAGUAUUUUCAGCCAGAUGUCUAUCUUUUUCUAAUGUCAAAA